AUGAAAUACGCUUUGGUUCUUUCCUUGGCUUCGGCCUCCAUGGUCGUGGCCCACGGUCACGGCCACGCCAAAUUCCACCAGCGCGCUGUCGAGACCGAAGUCAAGACUGUUGCAGUCCCCGGUCCUACUGCGUACGAGUUUGUUGUGAUUGACCCCGAGCAAAACGGCAAGCCCGAGGCCCUGAGCCAGGAAAAAGCCUGCGCAGGCCUUGCAUCUCACGAGUUUGAAUGGCUCGGCACUGCCGUUCCGCUAGCUUGCCCAACUAGCACUGCUACUCCUUCUCCUACCACGACUGUCAAGCCGCAGGUUCUCCUCGAGCAGACGGCUGCCAUCUCCACCUCAAGCUCCAGCUCCAGCAGCUCGACCUCAACCUCAACCUCAAUCCCAACGUCGACCUCAACUUCGACCUCGAUCAAGUCGGCUCCUACUCACAGCUCCAGCUCCAGCUCGAAUACCGGGGCCAUUGGACUCACCGCUGAAUUUCCCGAUGGUGAACUCAGCUGUGACACCUUCCCCUCUGAGUAUGGCGCAGUUCCUCUCGAUUAUCUUGGCCUUGGUGGAUGGUCGGGUGUUCAGUAUGUUAGUAUUGUGGACGCACUUGUCAGCUCUAUCACCACUGCUGUUAGCGGUGAGGGCUGCACUGACGGUGCGAUGUGCUCUUACGCUUGCCCAGCUGGUUACCAAAAGGCCCAGUGGCCCAAGACCCAAGGAAGCACCGGCCAGUCUGUCGGUGGUCUGGAGUGCAAGAAUGGCAAACUUUAUCUUACCAACCCAACCCUUAGCAAGACCCUUUGCAUCGAGGGGACUGGCGGUGUUACUGUCAAGAACCAUAUGAGCGAGGAUGUCGCUAUCUGCCGCACUGACUACCCUGGCACCGAAUCCGAGACCAUCCCUCUCAAGGCUACCGCCAACGGUGGCAUUCACCCCCUUACCUGCCCCAACAGCGCCGAGUACUUCGUCUGGCAGGGUAAGCCUACCUCUGCCCAGUACUACGUCAACAAUAAGGGCGUCUCUAUCGAGAAGGGUUGCCAGUGGGGCGAUGGCUCUGAGCCCAUCGGUAACUGGGCCCCAUUGAACAUUGGCGUUGGGUACUCUGCCGGUGCUACCUGGAUUUCUAUGCUCAAGAACGAGCCCACAACUGAUGCUGACCUUGACUUUGCUGUCGGCAUCACUGGCGACGGCGUUACUGCCGCUUGCAUGUACGACGGUAAGGGCAACUUCUACAACUCUGACGGCCGGAUUACCAGCGGCAAUGGCUGCACCACCAGCUUCCCCCCAGGUGGCUCUGCCCAAUACGUUUUCGCCGAGACCUUCGAAGAGCUUAAGAAACUCAUGUAA